UCCACUGCAUGAUUCCGCUCAAUUUGUAGGUAUGCAUGCAUUCGCGAAUUUUGUGGAGGAGGAAAAACUUGCAGUUUAUUCUUUGUUGUUCGCACAUUUGCAUGCAAGAAGUGCAUGUUAUCCGUGAAGUUGUUGCAUAAGUAGAUAAAAGUUACGGAGUUAUUUUAGUUCGAUUUCCUUAAAAGACAAAAAUGUGUGAAAAAAAUUUCAAACGUUUCACAAAUUUUGUGGUUUUGUUCGUAAUAUUUGUUAAAUUUGUGGAAGGGGAUAAUACAAAAUUUUUUACACUAACGCUUGAAGAAAAGCUGAAGUUAGAUGAGUUUCGUGACAGAAUAUCGCCUAUUUUGCAGCAUGAUUACAUGAAAAAGGAAAUUUACUUGAUUCGAUUUCUUCGCCAGACAAAUUUUGAUGUCCAUGCGGCUGAACGGUUAAUGGAAAAUGUGAGUUCCAAAAUGUUUUCAACAAGUUUAAUCAUUUAUUUAUUCAAGAUGCUAAAAUGGCGAGAAGAAAACGAAAUUGAUAAAUUGCUGGAUGAAGAAUUUCCAGAAUUUGAUCAGGAGUACAACGUUUAUUUGGAGGGGUGUGACCCUCUAAAUAGACCUGUUUUAUCAGUGCCAUUAGGAGACUGGGACAUUAGACGAGCAAUCCUUGCCGGACUUGGUAAUCGGUUAAUGCGCUACAUGGACAAAAUUUAUGAAGAUUCUACAACCUUUUUGCGAAAUGCGAAUUCGGCCGGGAUGGAAAUUGUGCAAGCAACGAUAAUCAUGGAUAUGAGUGGAUUUCACGCCAUCACGCAUACCUGCCCAAGAUGUCUCCAACUCUAUCUCUACUUUCUCGGAAAUUUACAAUCCCAUUAUCCCGGUCUUAUCGAAAAGAUGUACUUUGUAAACACCCCCGAAAUUAUUCACGUCCUUUGGAACCUCUACGAGGGCGUGUUUACCCCCAAACUGCGCGAAAUCACGACCAUGUUCGGUCGAAACAAGGAACAAUGGCAGGCCCGCCUUCGCGACGAAAUUGGCGCUGACCAGUUAUCCAAACGCUACGGGGGAGAUAAGCCGGACGCUCUAGAAUUUUAUUACAUCCGCCUCGCCGGACAACUCAUCUCGACGCCGGAACAACUCCAAUCCGUCAAUAUGACCAAUGUUUGUUCCAAAGAUGUCAAAAUUUAUGAAAACCUGAUCCGCGAAGUCCACCAUGAACCAGGAAGCAGAAAAGGGAAGAAUUUUGAAGAGUGGGGGUGUAAAAGGAAGCAAAAAGUGUGAUACAAACAUAAGUAAAUUUUUAUAAACUUGUGGAAUUAUGAAAUUGAAAAAUAAAUAAAGUUAAAAUUAUGGAAAGAUUUACCAAUCA